CAGGGGCCCUGAGAUACUAACGGGCCCCUGUGGUAUUUUGUUUAAACCUGUUUAAACCAAAAAUACAGUAUUAUUUUCACUCUCUCUAAGCAUGUAGUUUUACAUACAAACUUUUGCCUUCGCUUCACUCGGGUCUAUUUGCUUUUCUUUUAUUUCAAAAUUGGGAGUUUUAAUUACCUAAUAUUCAAUUCAUUCCUAAACCUACAAAAAAUAUAAUUAUAAUUUUUUUAAAAAUCAUUUUUAUCUCUCAAAAUACGAAUUCUUGAAAGGUUUUGUCCUCGCUUUGUUUGAGCCCUUGUUAGUUUUUUUUUCAAAUUAAAAUUUUAAAAAAAUAUAUCAUUCAAAUUUGAAAAAAUGUUCAAGCCAAAAAAUGUACUAUUCACCUGAAAAAGCGUAUUUUUUUUACAUCCCAAAAUGAGCUUUUGCUCUCGCUUCAUUCGAGUCUUGUUUGAUUUUCAUUUUCAAACUCAUCAUUCAAAUUUUAAAUUAAAAAAAUGAAAUUUUGCAAUAUACCUAAUCAUAAGGUUUUUGUUUUAUGAAAAAAAAAAAAAAAAAAAAAAAAAAAAAAAAAAAAAAAAUGGAAAAACUAAUGCUUCGAGAAGGAAAAUAAAUCGUUAACAGGUUGUUGGAAAUUUUAUUCUCUAUGCCACCAGAUUGACCUCAAAAUUGAAGUAAUGAAAAAGAUGAAAAAAAAGGAAAUAAAAAAAUGAGUGCAUUCAUGAUCAGAUUUUGUUUCGCUGCAACAAAUCACUGUGAAUACCCAUUUUACGCAGUUAUGUUCACACAAAGCAAACAAGAAACGUUUUUCAAGACCAUGUUUAGCUCAGUUUUGCCGGAGAAUACGUAUGUAGGUAAUAAACACAAACGCUCCAGCAAAACUAGUGGAACUGGACUGAUAUAUUCGUACCUAAAAAAACUAAUUUUCACACCGAUAUGGUCGGUUUCAACGUGUGUACGGUCAGUCGGUCACAAUGUAGUAUAAAGGCUGGCACCCAUCUCAUAGACAAAGUUCAGAUUCGGUGCGGUAUCACAGCAUUGGAAUUCAUAUGUAAAUUAUCCUUUACACAGUUUUUUUUUCAAUUUAUUUUAUGUACUUACAUCAAGUUGAAGUGUUUUUAAAUUUUUUUUCACAAUGUCACUGUGCCGAAUGUCAAUGGUCUGCGAUUCAAUGAAUUCAAUUCUUCUAGUUUUGCUGUUAGCGUAUCGUUGUAAUAGUCAAGCAAAAGAGUUUGAUUUUGAAGACAACUGCAGCAAAUACGGGCAGAUUUGCAUUAAUUACUUCAACUGUUCUAAUACAAAAGAACUUAUUGAAAGUAAGCGAGCUUUACCGUGUGGCUUUCGGGAUGAACUUUCCAAAAAAGAUAUAAAAAUAUGCUGCAAUCCAUCAAAUAUUAUCCCAGCAACAACUUCAUCACCACCUCCAUCACAUCAGGUAAUUCGAGAACAAGAUCUUGGGUCAUCCGUUUCCAGGAAUUCCACUGCAAUAGCACUGCAAAAAUGCCAAGAGUAUGGAAGAUAUCAAUACGUGAAAAUAUUGCGACCUACUCUUCUACUAGCCGAUAAAGGAAAAUAUCAUGUCGAGGUAGACUGCAUGCUUACGGAAACAUUAAUGGAUAAAGGAAAUCCAGGCGAACCCGCAGCCAAAAAAUAUCCUCAUAUGGCUCUCAUUGGAUAUGGAAAAGAAUUCAAAAACGUCUCGUGGGAUUGCGGUGGCAGUUUAAUCAGUGAAAAAUUCAUCAUGAGUUCUGCACAUUGCACUGAUCGUACAUCGGGUCCGCCAAGAUGGGUUUUACUAGGAGACUUGAAUAGAUUCACAACAGAGAACCACGCCCAGUUGAAAGUUUACAGCAUAGUCAAAGUUUACAACCACCCGAAUUACAAGUCACCGUCUUUCUACCACGACAUUUCACUUUUACAAUUGAACACCACUGUCGAACUUAGUCCUAAUGCAAGACCAGCUUGUCUGUAUACUUCAGCCACUGAUUUACCUAUAGCCACUGAUUUACCUAUCCUCUUUAAACCAAGCGUUACAGGCUGGUAAAGCAAAAGCUUUACAGGCUGGGAAGGAAUAGACGCAGUCAAACAAACCAGUGAUAUGUUACUGGCAUCAACCAUGAAAAUGGUCGAUCAUCAGAAAUGCAGAACUACAUAUGCAUUUCAAGUCAAUCGCGCUAAUCUGGCUCGUGGGUACGAUUCAAAUACUAUGAUUUGCGCUGAAGACUUCCGUAAGGACAAAACACCA